CAAAGCUUCCACCUUGACAGAGACACAGAACCAAUUUGAGUUUCCAAUUUCAUAAACUACCCCCCAAAAAAAUUGAAAACCCACAUCGCUAAUCUUUAGUUCUAUCUCUACUCGGCGAUUUGAACCUUCUGGGUUGCUAAAGUUUCAAUCUUUAUCGAGAAAAAGAUUGGGAAUUUAAAGCUGCUAAAUUGAUUUGGGAAAUUAGGGUUUUUGCGAAUUGGGAAAUGAGGGUCAACGGAGAUGAAGGUGAGGAAAAUCACAGAAAGGAAAUUGAAGAACUUAAAGAAAUGGGUUCGAUGGUUGGAGCUGAGUUUGGUCAGCAUGAGAUAAAGCUUGUAGUUGGGUAUGCUUUAACUUCAAAGAAGAAGACGAGCUUCUUGCAGCCUAAGCUAAUUGGAUUGGCUCGAAAUAAGGGUAUAUCAUUCAUUGCAAUUGAUCCCAAUCGGACACUUUCAGAUCAAGGUCCGUUUGAUAUUGUUUUGCAUAAGUUGCCGGGAAGAGAAUGGUGCGAUGCUAUAGAGGAUUACAGUCAAAAACAUCCUGAAGUAAUUGUCCUUGAUCCGCCACAUGCAGUACAACAUCUACACAAUCGCCAGUCCAUGCUUCAAGAUGUGGCAGAUCUAAACUUGUCCGAUUCCCAUGGAAUGGUUUGUGUUCCAAAACAGUUGAUCAUCACAGAAGAUCCAUCAUCUAUUCCUAAUGAAGUAGCUAAAGCUGGGCUAAAGUUGCCCCUAGUUGUUAAACCUCUAUUGGUGGAUGGUAGCCCUAAGUCACAUGAACUCUUUCUUGCUUAUGACCCAUCCUCCCUCUCAGAACUUGAACCUCCCCUGGUCCUGCAGGAGUUUGUAAAUCAUGGUGGUGUCCUCUUUAAAAUAUAUAUUGUCGGGGAAGCGAUCAAGGUUGUAAGGCGUUUCUCUCUCCCUAAUAUCAGUAAACGUGAACUAGAAAAACUUUCAGGUGUUUUCCGUUUCCCAAGGGUUUCAUGUGCAGCUGCUUCAGCAGAUGAUGCAGACCUGGACCCUAGUAUUGCUGAACUACCUGAACGACCUUUGCUAGAGAGGCUUGCAAGGGAGCUCCGUCAACGAUUGGGACUCCGGCUAUUCAAUGUAGAUAUGAUUCGAGAGUACGGGACAAAGGAUGUCUUCUAUGUCAUCGACAUCAACUACUUUCCUGGGUUCGGAAAGGUGCCCGAGUACGAACACAUAUUUACAGAUUUUCUACUAAGGCUUCUGCCGAGCAAGUACAAGAAGAGAUCUGCUACUUAACCACCGCAAGUACCUAGCAGCUCUAGUUCUCAUAGAAAUGUAGAAAGAGGAACUGUGAUACUCAGUACAGAAGUUUGUAAUUACAGAUAGGUUGCUGUGAUGAUUGCCGAACUUACAUACAUGUACAGAAUGUUCUUGCUAUCUAAGGCCCGUAAAUGUUCUUGCUA